AUGGCUAAGAUCAAACAAGCAGUUAUCGAGCACUUUAAAGUAUCGAAAAACCCUGAACAACAGUACAGCUUGAAUCCCUUCAAGGUCUGCAAACAUAUCACUUUUCUUGGCUGGAUGCAAUACUUGAGUGCAUGGCUCUGUUGGUUCAUGGACGCAUAUGAUUAUUUCAGUGUUUCAUUGUCUGUCACCCCGCUUAGUGAAUAUUACGAGCGAGACACAACGAGUAUCACCACCUCAAUGACUCUCACGCUUCUUUUGCGUUCAGCUGGAGCACUUAUUAGUGGUCUGAUUAGUGACAAGUUCGGUAGACGCAAUGUCUUGGUCGUGACGAUGGCGAUCAUCGGUGCUUUAUCUCUGGCAACUGCGUACGCAAAAACGUUCUCGCAAUUCUUGGCAGUCAGGUCUCUUUACGGAAUUGGAAUGGGUGCCAUUUUCGGACCUGCAAGUAGUAUUGCACUUGAGUCUCUUCCCUCUGAGGCAAGAGGUCUUUUCUCGGGUAUCUUCCAACAGGGUUAUGCAGUCGGAUACCUAGUUGCUGCUGUUGUAAACCUGGGAUUUGUGCCGGGAUUGCCUGAUAACAUUGGAUACCGUGGUUUGUUUUACUUGGGUGCUGGUCUGUCAUGGGCAGCAGGUAUAAUUAGAAUGUUUGUCCCAGAAAGUGACACGUACAAGGCAGCCAAGGCACGUAAGAAGGAGCAGAUCGAAUCAGGCGAUUAUCAGCAAGUGUCUUCUAAGACAUACUUGAGGGAAAUCUGGAAAAUGAUUAAGAACUACUGGAUUAUGGCUCUUUACUGUUUCUGGGUGAUGACAUUAUUCAACUUUUUCUCCCACGCCUCACAAGACCUUCUCACAAAGAUCUUCGAAACUGCAAAAUGUAAAACCUCACAUGAUGCAACACUCCUCACUAUCAUUGGUAACGUCGGUGCAGUCGUUGGUGGUACGAUUGCCGGUGCAGUGUCGCAAAAAGCUGGUAGAAGAUUCACGAUGGCACUAUUUGCCGUAAUUGCGUGUGCAUUUAUUCCACUCUGGGUCAUUCCAAUGGACUUCAAUUCUUUGGCAGCCGGUGUGUUCUUUGUUCAAUUCGGUGUACAGGGCGCUUGGGGUGUCAUCCCAAUCUUCUUGCAGGAAGCAUCGCCACCAGCAUACCGUUCUCUGUUCUCCGGAUUGACGUAUCAGCUCGGUAACAUGGUAUCAAGUGCCUCAGCUCAAAUAGAAGCCAGAGCUGCAGAAACAAGAACAAUCAUUAAUUGCAGUGGUGAAGUUAUCGAAGAUUACAGUACGGUAGCAGGUAUUUUCGUCGGAAUCAUUGGAGCUCUCAUUUUCAUCACCGCUCUCGCUGGUAAGGAGAAUCUCGGUAAGGAUAUCGAGAAUGCCAAGACUGCUGGUGAAGCCGGUGCGGGUGAUCACGAGGAUGACGAGGUCGGACCCAUGGCCAACUUUGACAAUGACAGACAAAUGAAGAGAGUUGGAACGGAUUCCAUCUACUCCACUGAAAAAGGAUCAGUGAUGCACAAUGAACGUGUUUAA